GGUGAAGUUAUGCCAGGAAUCCAGCUGGAGGAGGUGCAAAACCGCCGUUCCGCCCUAUUCGAGAUGAUGAAAGCAUUUUGUACAGUAAACAUUGACAAACAAAUCAAUCAUCAAAUUCAAUUUUCUCCAAUAAUAGGCAAUUAUACCAGCGGCUACGAAAAAGUACAUGAGUGAUAAAAUACCGUACGUAUUUCGCCAAAAUACUGAUUUCCUCUACCUCAGCGGAUGCCAAGAACCGGAUAGCUUGCUAUUGCUGGAAAUUGAUGCAAGUGACAAGCGCAAAGUAACAUUAUUUUUGCGACCGAAGGAUAAGCAUGCAGAAAUGUGGGAUGGUCCGAGAACUGGUGUGCAGCUUGCUCCGCAAGUGUUCGGUCUUGAUGAGGCGGUAGAUAUUAAAGAACUAAAAAAUUACCUAGUAAAAUAUAGCGAGAUACACCGGAAUCCUCUCGUAUGGUAUGAUAGCAUUAAUCUGGAUAGUAUCUCGCACAUCGUCAAAGAAGUAUUCAACACUGAGAGACUGUCGCUGGCGCCGUUGAUCCAACAAUUGCGUGUCUGUAAAUCCCCUAGUGAGUGUGAGUUAAUGCGCAAGAGUUGCGAAAUAGCCUCUGCCGCCAUCAAUAGAACGAUGGCAGAAAGCUUUCCUGGUAUCAGCGAGCACCAUGUGUUUGCCAGCGUCGAUUACUAUUCGCGACUCAACGGAGCAAACUUUCUUGCUUAUCCACCCGUUGUUGCUGGUGGAUCUAAUGCUACCACUAUCCAUUAUAUCAACAACAAUCAAAUUGUGAAAGCCGGAGACCUCAUACUUCUUGAUGCUGGUUGCGAAUACCAUGGCUAUACGAGCGACAUCACACGCACAUGGCCAGUGAAUGGUAGUUUUACCGAGCCACAACUCGUUCUCUAUGAGGUGUUGCAGCAAGUACAGGCAGAAUUGCUCGAUUGUCUGUUGCAUGUUGGGGGUGACACACUCGACCGGUUGUUUGAAACCAUGUGCACCAAGAUAGGGAAAUACUUGCAAGAAAUCAAACUAAUACCGGCGUCAGUAAGCGGUGUUGAGCUUUCCCGUGCCGGUUACAGGUUCUGUCCACAUCAUGUAUCCCAUUACCUUGGUAUGGAUGUCCAUGAUACGCCGCUAGUUUCCCGUAGCACACGAUUGUUACCCGGUAUGGUGUGCACGGUAGAACCUGGUGUGUAUUUACGAUGA